AUGGCGAGCAGGUUCUGGGCAGGAAGCUCGUCUUCCGAGGAGGAGAGCGACGUCUCGGACGUGUCGGACGUCGAGACGUCGCAGCAGCAGGCCGCGCGCGCGGCCUCGCGCUGGGCGGUGCAGUCGGACUCGGAGUCGGAUGAGGAGGUGCGCGUGGUCAAGAGCGCCAAGGACAAGGCGCUGGAGAACAUGGAGCGCAACUGCGCGGGCAUCAAGAACCACAUGAAGAUCAACGACUGGACGCAGAUCCAGACGGAGUUCGACGAGCUCGUGAAGCAGCUCGAGCGCGCCAAGAAGACGCUCAACACGCUGCCCACGUUCUACGUGCGCACGAUGGUGGCGCUCGAGGACUUCCUCUUCGAGAAGGUCAAGAACAAGGCCGAGCAGAAGAAGAUGAGCAAGGAGAACAGCAAGGCGCUGAUCCGCAUGAAGGGCAAGAUCAAGAAGCAGCUCGAGCCCGUGCGCAAGCAGAUCGACGACUUCCGCGUCAACCCCGUCGAGUCGAGCGAGGACGAGUCCGAGAGCUCCUCCAGCGAGUCCGAGUCCAGCGACUCGGACUCGAGUGAGUCGUCGGCGUCGUCCUCGUCGGGCUCCGACUCGGACAAGAGCAGCGACGAGUCCGAGUCCGAGGAGGAGAGCAGCGACGACGACAAGUCCGGCUCGGACGACGACUCGGACGCGUCGGAUGACUCGUGGCCCAGCAACUCGUCGUCGUCCUCGUCCUCGUCGGAGGAUGAUGACAACAUGCCCAAGGGCCGUGCGCGCUGGCUCAAGCAGACCCCCGUGGUGACCAAGGCCAAGAAGGUCAAGGGCCCCAAGGUCAUCAAGCAGCGCGAGACCCGCCGCGGAUCCGAGGAUGAGGUCAAGAAGGUCGUGGUCGAGGAGGAGCUCAAGCUCACCCCCAGUCAGUUCGACCGACGCGUCAAGGAGGUGGUCGCGAUGCGUGGUAAGAAGGGCAUGGACCUAUCGGAGCAGCUCAGCCUCAUGCGCAAGCUGGCCAACUACGCGCGCCGCCUCGGCCCCGCCCGCCAGAUCGUCGCCACCAUGUACCUGGUCGGUACGUCGGUGUUCGACACCUCGUCCAAGAUUGACCGCGUCAUGUCGGCGCGUCAUUGGAAGCAGGUGCAGUCGGACGUGUGCUCGAUCCUGUCGCUGCUGGAGAAGAACCCCGAGUUUUCGCUGGCCCCGCUGACGUCGGAGGACCAGGCCGACAUCGUGCGUGCCGGCCGCGAGAAGGUGACGGCUGCACAGAUCGCUGCUGCCGCCGCUGAGGACGCUGAGGAGGACCUGAACUUCGUGGACACGCUGCCGCAGGCCGGUAAGAAGGGCACGAUCAAGGUGUCUGGUGACCUCGCUGCGUUCGUGGACCGCCUCACGGAGGAGUACACCAAGAGCCUGCAGCAGACCGACCCGCACACGAGCGAGUACGUUGCUCGUCUGUACGACGAGAGCCUGCUGAUCGAGGUUGCCGAGCGUGUGCAGAAGUUCUACGCCCGCAAGAAAGACUACGCGCGCGCCGCCACCAUGGCGCUGGUGCGUGCCGAGCUCAUCUACUACAAGCACGACUCCGUUGCUUCGGCCCUGUUCGAGGCCCAGGCCAAGCGUGCCAAGUUCGGUGACCCGGUGUUCCUCCACCCUGCUUGCACGAGCGUUAACGCCAACAAGACGAACGAGUUCGACGCGUCCAAGACGCACCCUGCCUCCGUUAUGGGCCAGCCGAGCGUGGAUGUGACCCCCGUGGACGCUGAGAAGCUGCUGCGCGACGUGUGCCGCUUCGUGUUCCAGCACGGCGACAUCCGUGCCAAGACGCGCGCUAUGCUUUGCCGCAUCUACCACCACGCGCUGCACGACCGCUUCCACGAGGCUCGCGAUCUGCUGCUGAUGUCGCACAUCCAGGACAACAUCACGGACGCGGACAUCCCUACUCAGAUUCUGUUCAACCGCAUGAUGGCUCAGCUUGGUCUGUGCGCCUUCCGUAGCGGCCUGGUCUGGGAGGCCCACGCGUGUCUGUCGGAGAUCUGCACGGGCUCCCGCACCAAGGAGCUGCUCGCCCAGGGCCUGCAGUCGUUCCGCUACGGCGAGCGUGACCUGGAGCAGGAGCGCCUGGAGCGUCGUCGCCAGGUGCCGUACCACAUGCACAUCAACCUCGAACUGCUCGAGACGUGCCACCUGGUGAGCGCGAUGCUGCUGGAGGUGCCGAACAUGGUGAACUCGCGUCUCUCGGACCGCAAGCGCAUGGUGUCCAAGGCUUUCCGCAAGCUGCUCGAGUUCCACGAGCGCCUCGUGUUCGAGGGUCCUCCUGAGAACCCGCGUGACCACGUGGUUGCGGCCGCCAAGCUGCUGGCUCAGGGAUCGUGGCGUAAGAGCUCCGAGCUUCUCGUCGGCCUGCCCGUGUGGGACCUGUUCCCGGGUGCCAACGUCAGUCAACGCGUGAAGUCGAUGGUGCAGCACAAGAUCCAGGUCGAGGCUCUGCGGACGUACCUGCUGGCGUUCAGCGCCGAGUACGACUCGGUGAGCCUCGCCCGCCUUAUGGAGAUGUUCGACCUUGACGAGAAGACGGUGCACAGCGUGGUGUCCAAGAUGAUGAUCAACGAGGAGCUCCAGGGCGCCUGGGACCAGUCCUCGCAGGCCAUCGUCCUGUACAAGACCGAGCGCUCGACGCUGCAGACUCUGGCGGUGCAGUACUCGGACAAGCUCUCGCAGAUCGUGGAGAACAACGAGCGCAUGAUGGACCUGCGCUCGGGCACGAACAAGGAGGAAUGGGGCAACCGUGGCAACCGUGGCGAUGGUCGCCGUGGCGCCGGCGGCCGCAUCGGCUUCAGUGCUGGAGGCCGACGUGGUGACAACCAGGGCGGACGUGGAGGCUUCCGUCCUCGUCGUGGCGGCGGCAGCGGUGGCCGCGGCCCCAGGCAGCAGCGCCAGUAG